AUUGUUGUUUUUUGAAACAAACCUUCGCCUUAUCUCUUUUCCCUCUUAACCAUGGAGGAAGAAGACACAGCGACUCUCACAUUUCACCGUAUCCCUUCCCUCAGUUCCUCCAUACUAACCUCUUCUCCGGCCAAAUCCGGCACCGUACAGUUAUGCCGCCGUGUGCGGCGGAAUUCGGCUCUCGGAGAUGCCGGUUUGGUUAAUAGAUUCGCCUGCAUUUCUCUGGUGGAGAAGUGCGACCAGAGGGAAUUCGCUCCGACGUCGACUCAGCUACUGAACAACCCGCUUGCUAUCCUUGCUCUUGUCCCCAAAGAUGCCGCCAUCUUCGCCGCCGGUGCUAUUGCCGGAGCCGCCGCGAAAACGGUUACGGCUCCGCUUGACCGUAUCAAGCUUCUUAUGCAGACACAUGGUAUACGAAUUGGACAUCAGAGUGCAAAAAAGGCUAUUGGAUUUAUCGAGGCAAUCACUUUGAUAGCCAAAGAAGAAGGAGUGAAAGGUUACUGGAAGGGAAAUUUGCCACAGGUGAUAAGAGUGUUACCUUACAGUGCGGUCCAGCUUUUGGCUUACGAGAGUUACAAGAAAUUGUUCAAGGGUAAAGAUGAUCAACUCUCAGUAAUAGGAAGACUUGCAGCUGGUGCUUGUGCUGGUAUGACGUCUACUUUGUUGACAUACCCACUAGACGUUUUGAGAUUAAGGUUGGCAGUAGAACCUGGCUACCGAACAAUGUCUCAGGUUGCUUUGAGUAUGCUCCGUGAAGAAGGAAUUGCAUCUUUCUAUUACGGUCUGGGACCUUCUCUAGUGGGGAUAGCUCCAUAUAUUGCUGUUAACUUUUGUAUUUUCGAUCUAGUGAAGAAGUCUUUACCGGAGGAAUAUAGACAAAAGGCACAAUCGUCUCUAUUGACAGCUGUUCUUUCGGCCGGUAUUGCAACACUGACAUGUUACCCUCUCGACACUGUGAGACGGCAAAUGCAAAUGAGAGGAACUCCAUACAAAUCAAUCCCGGAAGCAUUUGCUGGAAUUAUAGACCGUGAUGGGCUUAUAGGCUUGUACCGUGGCUUUUUACCCAAUGCAUUGAAAACUCUACCAAACAGCAGCAUUAGGCUUACAACCUUCGAUAUGGUAAAACGCCUUAUCGCCACAAGUGAGAAGCAGCUUCAAAAGAUCAACGAUGAUAAUCGUAACCGAGACCAAACUCGAUAGCCAUUUCUUAAGUUUUGGGUACAUUAAAAUUUUGGAGCUGCUGGAAUAUUUUUGCUUGAGUGACUAGUUUUACUUUUUUGUUUUUCACUUUGCUAGUUCAAUUUGGGGAAAAAAUUGUAUUUUCAGCAAAAUUAUGUCGGAAAAUUCGUUAUUAUUUGGACUUCAGUAGAAAACCAACAACCUUGAGAUUCAAGAGACAUAAGAUGCAUUUGAAGGGAGAGCUUGAAACAUGUACAUAGUUUGAGACUUUGAGUGUUUUGGUUUACAUGAUCACUAAAGCAGAUAUUGGUA